CUUUUUUUGUCUUCCGCCUUUCCGGGGCUUCCGCAUCUCAAUCUCAGCCGGCCGCAGACACACACGAAGAUAACCGUGUGCUAGGGUGUACAAAACCUGAUCCUUUCGCGAAGAUGGGCAGUUCUCAGUCGUCUGUUACAGUAGAGCGGGAGUUUGUGGAGGAGGACCGGAUGCGGACGAAGGAGAUGGAGAAAGCGAUGGACAAGGUCCCGGAGGCUGUCCGGAAGCUCAGGCCAGAUCCCACGGGAUGCUGAGCAUCGACAGGCAAGGCACACACAGCACACAGCACACAGCACACCACGACGUGACACACAUACCCACGGCAGCUCUCUCUCUCUCUCUCUCUCUCUCUCUCUGUGUGUGUUUGUGUGUGUGUGUGUGCGUCAGAUGAUGUCGGCGCUCGAGUGUCACGGCACCAAGGUCAUCGCCGCCAUGAUGGUCCUGAACAUGACCAGUCCACACCACUCGCGAGCCCUCGACAGCUGCAGCAGCAGCGGCUGGCCUUCACCCAUGCUCGGGGUCGUGGUCCUCGUCAGCAGCGCACUGUUCAUCGAAGGCGUGAGCCUGCUGACGAGGACGAGCAAAUGGCCUGUGCGAAUGCGGCUGUGCGACAUCUGCAUGUCAUCGAAUACAUGCGGUAUCAUCGCUCUGAGUAGCCGCGCUUAUCACUCUGUGCUUCUUCUGCAUGUUUGAGCACUCAUGAUGCUUGUGGCCCUGAUGCUCUGCGGUCUGCCGUGCGUGUGAGUCUUUGUAAUGUACAUAUACAUGUACUCACACGUUCAUUUGGUCGUAUCUAUCUGCUCUUCUUCAUGUGGUGCGUGUCUGCUUUCGCAGGUCUGUCCAUGAUAGUGUUAUGUUAGAUAUAUAUAUAUCGUCUUGUAUCUCUGAAUAACAGCUCUCGUGUCUGUCCGUGAUGUUGUUACUGCACAUGCUGACUUGUCUUGUGUCUCGGAAUAGACAGUUUUUUUGAAGAGCCGUCGACGCUUCAUGUAUUG